ACCCAUAUAUAUAUUUUUAAAUAUAAAUAUAAAUAUAAACAAUAUCUGCCCCUCAUCCCAGCUAAGGAACUCCAUUUCUUUUGUUUAUUUAAAAGGAGUGGAAUAACCAAGAAAAAGAAAGGAAGGGAAGGACCUUUGGGGGAGCUAGAGAGAGAAGAAAAUGAGAGGAUGAGCACAUCCUCUGUUUUCAUUUUUGUAUAAUUUCUCUCCUUAGAUCUUAGUUUUUUUUUUUAUCAGAUUUUGUCGUCUGGGCUCCCCCCUUCCAAUGGUCAGUUUUUAUAUUGAAUUUGGAGAAAAUUAGCAAUCUUUUCAUUUUUCAUCGAUCGGAUUAUGUAUCUAAAUUAUGGAUUUUCAGGAUGGCGAGAUUGAAUCCUGUUUGAUUAUGUAGGAUCCGAUGAUUUUCAAUUAAAUCCAGCAUUUUCACUUGCUAAUUGAUCAGUAUCGGUACUGCUUCCUAUCUGAUUUUCUGGAUAAGUGAAUUGCAGGAAAGAUGGAAUCAGAUCAAGGUAAGCUAUUUAUUGGUGGGAUUUCUUGGGACACAGAUGAGGAUCGCCUUAAAGAAUAUUUUGGAGCAUAUGGAGAAGUGAUGGAGGCUGUGAUCAUGAGAGAUCGUACCACUGGCCGUGCUCGUGGCUUUGGGUUUGUGGUCUUCACCGAUUCUGCAGUAGCUGAAAGAGUCAUUAAGGAGAAGCACAUGAUUGAUGGACGAACUGUGGAAGCAAAGAAAGCUGUUCCAAGGGAUGAUCAGCACCUGAUGUAUAGAAAUAGUAGUAACAGUCAAGGAUCACCAGGUCCCGGACGCACUAAAAAAAUAUUUGUAGGAGGACUAGCAUCAACCGUCACGGAGAGUGACUUCAAAAGUUAUUUUGAUCAAUUUGGAACCAUAACUGAUGUGGUAGUGAUGUAUGACCACAAUACUCAAAGACCUCGAGGUUUUGGGUUUAUAACAUACAAUUCAGAGGAUGAAGUCGAUAGGGUGUUGCACAAAACAUUUCACGAACUCAAUGGUAAGAUGGUUGAGGUGAAGCGGGCAGUUCCAAAAGAAUUGUCUCCAGGACCCAGCAGAAGCCCUCUUGUUGGAUACAACUAUGGUUUCGGUAGAGCCAACAACUUUCUAAAUAGCCAUGUACAAGGAUAUAAUCUAAGUUCACUGGGGAGCUAUGGAGUCAGGACAGAUGGUAGAUAUAGUCCAUUAGCCGGUGCUCGAUCUGGGCUCUCCCAAUUCGGUUCUCCGGCUUAUGGAAUGGGUGUGAAUAUGGAUCAAGGGUUGAAUUCUGGCUUUGGAGGGGGUUCGAACUUAAGUAGCAAUCUUGGGUACGGGCGCAUUAUAAAUCCCUAUUUUGGUGGUAAUCAGAGCAGGUAUAAUACUCCUAUUGGUUACAAUACAAGUAGUAGCCGAGGAGAUUCCCUUUUCAAUUCUUCUUCCCGAAACAUGUGGGGGAAUACUGGACUGAAUACUUCUCCGAGUAAUGCAAACUCCGGAUCAUACUUUGGUUCCAGAAGUGACGGUUUUGGAGUGUUUGGAAAUAAUGGUGCAAAUUGGGGCACUUCUCAUAUUGCCGCUCCCCUUGGGGGUAGUUCUUCUGGUUUUGGCAGAGGAAAUGUUGGCUAUAGAGUUGGAGGAAACAAUUUUUCGUUGGCAGCCGAAGGAUUUGGAAGAAAUGGUGGAACAGCUGUAUCCACAGCAUCUUCACUUACAGCAUCGACCGGCAUUUAUGAAGGAUCUUAUGGGGACUUUUACCGAAGUGGCUUGGUGUAUGGAGAUCCAACUUGGCAAACCACAUCGUCUGAGAUAAAUAAUUCUGGUUCAUUUGGUUAUGGACUUGGGAAUCCAGAAGAUGGCGCUGCUAAAGAAUCUGAGGAUUAUGCCGUGGGUUAUGACAUUACAAAUAGACAAUCCAAUAGAGGAAUUGCUGCAUAGGAAAUUUUAAUAUUUGGAUACCUGAAGAAAAUUGUAGGAGAAGAAAGUCCUGAAAAAUCACGUGGUUGUGAAUUUCAUACACAUCCGACAAGAUACAUAUACCAUGUCAGUCAGUGAAGCUAACGGGGGAGCUUAAUUCAAAGUAUGUGUGUUCAGUGCAAGCAGUUUCAAGGGAUUUUAUGCAGUUAUGAGGUUUAAUUUCUGAAUAUAACUUAGUUUCUUUUCUCUGUAUUUGCUUGAGAUGUAAAUCAGAUUUGCGAGAUAUAUUCUGGAGGAUCCAUUCUAGUUAAUUUGUCGAGCGUCUCUUCAACAAGAAAGUACCAUUCGUAUAACAUCAAAAGGUAGAGAUUUUUGUGUAUUCUUUUGGUUUUGAACUUUUUUGUCGAAGUUAUAUUUGCUGGCGUGAAAUAUAAGAGGGAUACCGGCUUAGGUUCCCUUUUAAUAAAAUACUGUGUUCUUAUUCAUUUUACUGGAUUUUCGAACAGUUUAAAACUUCAUUUGACAUUGUAAUAGAUUAUGUGUAAGAAACAGAUUUCAUGUUUGAAUUUUUCAGUUGCCUAGGUUUAUAAAUAAUGUCUGUU